UUUAUAAAUACCACCAUAUGGACAUACAUCCCAAUCGUACGAUAAUCUACAUUCACAAAAUAAGACAGAAUUAAACGAAAAUGGAAAGUUCAAGUUCGAGUUUGAAUAAUGGAAAGGUCACGGAGAUUGUGUUCUUUGAUUUAGAGACUACGGUGCCGAACAGAACUGGACAGAAAUUCAGCAUAUUGGAGUUCGGUGCCAUCAUAGUUUGUCCUCGGAAACUCGUGGAGCUCGAGAGCUAUUGCACGCUCAUUAGGCCUCGGGACUUAUCUGCUGUCGCGUUGAGGUCUGCCCGAUAUGAUGGAAUAACACGCAACACAGUUGCUAAUGCGCCGUCAUUUGAGGAAGUAUCGGACAAGAUUUUCAGCAUUUUGAAUGGUAGAAUUUGGGCAGGUCACAACAUACGAAGAUUUGAUUGUGUUCGUAUUAAGGAAGCCUUUGCUGAAAUUGGUAGGCCUGAACCAGUCCCUGUUGGGAUCAUUGAUUCAUUGGGAGUCUUGACUGCCAAAUUUGGUAAAAGAGCAGGAAAUAUGAAGGUUAGUGCAUCAAAACCU